AGCAAAUGUACUGACAUUCGCAGCAGUGAGGAUCAAGUCGCAGACCUAAUUCAGGAGAUGGCCAUCGAGGCAGGAAAUGCAGAAGAUGUGAUUCGACAGAUUCUUCCCUCUUUCGUCAUCAUGCGCCACCUCACCUCACCCGACCCCAACCCUACAGCCUAUUCUCCCACCCAUUCGAUAGCUGAACAAUUCCUGCCCAGAUCCGCCUCCUUUACACAGAUGGUGACCUUGAGUCUGAGUGUCUUUCCUGUCCGUCUGGCCAGCGGUCUGGCCCUGCCUCACGGGCCAUUGCACAGCGCAAACCAUUCAAGCAUGCAGAUAACGCCCAAGUAUCAGGUAGUUAGACAGGGAGGCCAAGUGUGGGCAUGUGUGAUUCUUCGGAAUGGAGCAGGAUGGAGUUGGGUCUGGAAAAUGGAGGAGAGCACAGAGAAGGAGGGGAAGGAGAUUGGGCGACAGGAUGGAGAGGGACUGAUUUGGGAGACAGAUUGCGCAUCAGCAUUGGUAUGGAGGGGGAUGAGGCAGUAG